CCGAGUCCGCGUUUAUGAACUGAUUCCAAUUUCGUGUCUUCGCGAUCUCCUCCGAUAUUUUCCAUCCGUUGAAGUUCGCGGCAUCCUCGUUUCCCUCAGCCCUUUUACUGCAGCCGUCCUCGCCUGCCGCAGCCGCCCAUUGCUCAAUUCUCUGGCGCCCUCCCGUCACCCACCCCAUUUUAGUUUCCGGCAACCCCAGCCUGACAUCUCACCCUCAACCAUUUCACAGCCUGUGAACGGCUGGCGUACGUUGCCAACACCAUUGCAUUGCGCCAUUUCGAUCCUGCCCUCGCCCUCGCUCCUGGCGUACCGCCUUUGCGACACUGAGGCUAAGAGCCCACGCCAAUGCCUCCCAAACGCAAGCGAUCCACCACCGUAUCCUCUGUUAAGAACUCCGCCAUGGACGUUGCACAACCCUCAUCUCGCGAUGCCUCCGGCGAAGACGCCGAAGAUCCUGUCCUCCAAGAAGUCGCGUCCAAGAAGGAGCGACAGACCGAGACCCACGUCCCCUCGAAACGAACGCGGUCCGCCAAGAGCGGCACAGGCGCGAGCGACGAGAAUGAGGUGGAAAACGGCGAUAUAAGCGGUCCUACGGAACGAGCGACUAAGAAGAGCCGGAGAACAUCAGAGCUGGAGGACGGCGGGGAGAAUGGAGAGGCCGGCACCAUGCGAAUGCCGACUCCUCCCAAGGCAGGCCUUGUCGAUCCUGUAGGCUACAAGACAAACCCGCCUCCGCAAGGACGGCCAGUCAGGGUGUACGCCGACGGAGUCUUCGACUUGUUCCACAUCGGCCACAUGCGCCAGCUACAGCAAGCCAAGACCGCCUUCCCGGAUACCCAUCUCAUUGUGGGCGUCACUGGAGACAAGGAGACGCAUCGGCGGAAGGGGCUUACAGUGCUCUCCGCGAAAGAACGUGCCGAGAGCGUGCGGCAUUGCAAGUGGGUGGACGAGGUCAUUGAGGACUGCCCUUGGGUUGUCACGCUUGAAUUUCUUAAGAAGCACUCUAUCGACUACGUCGCUCACGAUGAUAUCCCGUACGGCGCAGAUGAGGGAGAUGAUAUCUAUGCGCCGAUUAAAAAGUUGGGCAUGUUCCUGGUAACGCAGAGGACCGAGGGCCUGAGCACGACCGGCAUCAUCACCAAGAUCGUCCGAGACUAUGAUCAGUACAUCGAUCGCCAGCUUAAACGCGGCACCUCGCGCAAAGAGCUCAACGUGUCCUGGUUGAAGAAGAACGAGCUCGACUUCAAGCGGAACAUGGCCGAAUUGCGGGACAGCAUCAAGGCGAACUGGGCUACGACCGGUCAAGAGCUCAGCAAAGAUUUCCGACAGUUCUGGCAGAGCAGUAGGCCUGCGAGCCCAGCAAGGACACCCACUCAGGAGAGGCCCGAAGCGUCUCCGUUAUCACGUCUGAGCCAUCUCGACAUUCCUCGUGUACCUGGCCAGGGGAGAGAAUCAUCCGAAUUUGCGGCUGGUUAUAAUCUCGGAUUGAUUGGUGGUGUUCGAGCUUGGGUACGUGUUAUCAAUGCUCAUGAUUUUCAAAGCCGGAUACUGACAUUCUUUAGAUGGCCCGGAGCCGACGGAACUUGAAUGACAGCAGGCCGGAUAGUCCUUCAAGUGAAGGAAGCUCUGACGAGCAAAACGAGCUGAGCGCUAAAGAUCCGCCACGUGGGCGAUCGGGCAAACAAUCGCAAUCUGAUGAGAUGGACAUCCGCACCUCCUAAGUCUCGCCUUUUCCCGAACUGCAUACCUAGGUAUAAAAGUCGUUUUCAUCCUCUCAUUCGCCUCGCUUCCUGCCCGUUACCUCAUGCGUUCC